AUGAUGAAUACUCUAGCAAAUCAUGGAUUCCUUCCGCACGACGGCAGAAAUAUUACGCGAGAGAAUUUGGUCGAUGCCCUUGGCCAAGCUCUCAAUUUCAAUGGCAGCCUGGCUAGCUUGAUGUUUGAUAUGGGGGUUGUAGCUAACCCCGAGCCAAAUGCUACCGUCUUCACUCUUCGCUCGGAUGCAUUCUUUGGAAAUAACCACGCCUUUAACGAGACUAUAUUCGAAGAGACCAAGGCGUACUGGACUGGACCUAUCCUCGACCCGGAUAUGCUGGCGAAUAGCAAAGUUGCACGCCAGAUCAAUUCGAAGGCAUAUAAUCCUACCUAUACUUUUACCGCAAAGACCGAACAAUUCAGCUUGGGAGAGGUGGCCGCUCCAAUUAUUGCAUUUGGCGACGUACAAACAGGGACAGUCAAUAGGAACCUCGUUGAAUAUUUCUUUGAGAACGAGCGUCUUCCUACCGACUUAGGCUGGAAGAGACGCGCGAGGGUUACAAAUUUACAGGACAUCUUGAGUGUGACACAAAUGAUAAAGAACGCCAGCGACCUAAUCACUCCGUCAGAGCCUGCACGUCAUCAAGGAUCCCAAGUCAACUUGCACGGCUAA